AUGCGGACUAAACCCAGCCCGGUCUGCACAUUAGCCCUACCCAACCCUAAAAGAGGGCUCCUCGGGGAUCCUCCCACUCGCAACCAGCCUAACAAACCAAAGAAGGUUAUCAAGGCGAAAAAGAUCAAGGAGAUUGUGGCUCCUGAGCCUGUCGUUACACCCUUGAAGAAGGGUAAGGCCUCCAAAGUAGCCGCACUCCCAGAGAUUGCUAAAAAGACCUCUGCCAAGAAGAAGGUUGUCAAGAACCCACUUAUUCAACGAAGGCCUCGUAAUUUCGGCAUCGGUCAGAACAUCCAACCGAAGCGUGAUCUCUAUCGAUUUGUGAAAUGGCCGAAGUACGUGGAGCUACAGCGGAAACGGGCGAUUCUCAAGCGACGCCUAAAGGUGCCACCUCCGAUCCAUCAGUUUUCGCAGACGUUAGACCGUGCAACUUCCUUGCAGGUUUUCAAUUUGGCUGAAAAAUACCAGCCACUCAGUAAACGAGCUAAGAAAAUGCUCUUGGUUCAUCGAGCCCAGCUGCGUACGGAAGGCAAAGCAGACGAGCCGGCUCCGAGAAAACCAACUUUGCGAGCUGGUAUCCGCGAAGUGACUGCUGCUAUACAGCAGAAGAAGGCUCGACUUGUGCUAAUUGCGCAUGAUGUCGAACCAAUUGAAAUCGUUCUCUUUUUGCCCACUCUUUGCCGCAAAAUGGGAGUUCCUUAUUGUAUCGUCAAGGGUAAAGCCAAAUUAGGGACGCUGGUGCACCGCAAGACUUGUUCCUGUGUUGCAUUUACUAACGUGAAAGAGUAA